GCUGACAUUGAAACCAGGAAGUGUUAUUUGAAAUGGAUUUAGCUGUGCUUGUAAAAACGGCAAACUUUGCCGCUAAGAAACACAAAGACCAACGUAGGAAAGAUGUUUCAAAAACACCUUAUAUCAAUCAUCCAAUAGGGGUUGCAAACAUUCUUUCUGAAGAGGGAUGCAUUACAGAACUUGAAGUUUUACAAGGAGCAUUGCUCCAUGAUACUGUGGAGGAUACAGAUACAACAUUAGAUGAAAUAGAAGAAAUAUUCGGCAAAACAGUAAGAGACAUUGUAACAGAGGUGACCGACGACAAAUCCUUGGCAAAGCAAGAAAGAAAACGCCUUCAGGUUGUGAAUGCACCACAUAAAUCGAGACAAGCUAAACUUGUAAAAUUGGCAGACAAACUCUACAAUCUCAGGGAUUUAUGUCGAGAAACACCAGAAGGUUGGACUGCUGAGAGAGUGCAGGAAUAUUUUGAGUGGGCAUACCAGGUUGUAUCUGGACUGCGAGGCACCAAUGAAGCUUUGGAAAAACAACUUGAUGAAAUUUUUAUAUCAAAGGGUGUUCAUAAAGGAUAAAGUAGAUUGCACACAUAGAAA